AUGGGCAAAGACACAUGGUCCCAGCUGGGGUCCUACCUGUCGAUGAUGACCGGGUCGGAGGGCGUCUCGUUGCGGUUUCCGCAGCUCUUCUUCUCACAACAGCGACUUAACAAACAAAAGGAGGAAAGUCAACAGGAGCAGACACCACAUGCUCCUGGGGGCCCCACAAAGGCCCCGGCUGAUGGGGGGCUGCGCUCCUGUCCCGCUCAGACAAAGGUGCCCCCCCAGGACCAUCUGCCACCCCCACAACACCCCCCCACCCUCAGCCGAGCCCCCACCACCCCCCAGACCCGAGUCCAGGCGAGCCCACCUCACAGCUGGCCCCCAGGAGCCGUGCAGCCGGUCACAGCUGUCCUGCAGUUGGGCUCGGACAUCCUGCCUCAGUACAAGCAGGAGACCCCCAAGACCCCGCCCCACAUCAUCCUCCACUACUGCCUCUUCAAGACCACGUGGGACUGGCUCAUCCUGAUCCUCACCUUCUACACGGCCAUCAUGGUCCCGUACAAUGUGUCCUUCAAGACCAAGCAGAACAAUGUGGCCUGGCUGGUCCUUGAUAGUAUCGUGGACGUGAUCUUCCUGGUGGACAUCGUUCUGAACUUCCACACCACGUUUGUGGGACCCGCCGGGGAAGUCAUCUCGGACCCCAAACUGAUCCGCAUGAACUACGUGAAGACCUGGUUCGUGAUAGACCUGCUGUCCUGCCUGCCCUAUGACGUCAUCAACGCCUUCGAGAACGUGGACGAGGGCAUCAGCUCCCUCUUCAGUUCGCUGAAGGUAGUGCGGCUGCUGCGUCUGGGUCGAGUGGCGCGGAAACUGGACCAUUACAUCGAGUACGGCGCCGCGGUGCUGGUUCUGCUGGUCUGUGUGUUCGGACUAGCAGCACACUGGCUCGCCUGCAUCUGGUACAGCAUCGGGGACUAUGAGGUGAUAGACGAGCAGCAUAACCGCGCCCGCACAGACAGCUGGCUCUUCCUGCUGGGGGAGAGCGUGGGCGCCCCCUACAGGUUCAACGUGUCGGGGUCAGGGCGCUGGGAGGGGGGCCCCGGGAAGGACUCGGUCUACAUCACCUCCCUCUACUUCACCAUGACCAGCCUCACCAGCAUCGGCUUCGGCAACAUCGCCCCCAACACCGACGGAGAGAAGGUCUUCGCCGUCGCCAUGAUGAUGAUCGGAUCUCUUCUUUACGCCACCAUCUUUGGGAACGUGACCACGAUCUUCCAGCAGAUGUACGCUAACACCAACCGCUACCACGAGAUGCUCAACAGUGUGAGGGACUUCCUGACGCUGUACCAGGUUCCCAAGGGCCUCAGCGAGCGCGUCAUGGACUACAUCGUCUCCACAUGGUCCAUGACCAGAGGCAUAGACACAGACAAGGUGGUCCUGCUCAGUGGUCACCUGGACAGCUGGGACGUGGGGCAGGGAGCGAUGGACGAUGGGGGAGGAGCCAUGAUCUCCUGGGAGGCGCUGUCCCUGAUCCAAGACCUGGGUCUGCGUCCCAGGAGGACUCUGCGUACGGUGCUGUGGACGGGGGAGGAGCAGGGCGGAGUGGGAGCCCAGCAGUAUUAUAAUCUACACAAGGUGAAUCUGUCGGACUUCGACCUCGUCAUGGAGUCUGACCUCGGCACGUUCAAACCUGUGGGUCUGCAGUUCACUGGCUCCGAAGCGGCACAGAAGGUGAUGGAGCAGGUGGUGCAGCUGCUGGCUCCCAUCAACACCACCAAACUGGAACCUCACGGAGAAGGCACCGACAUCUCUCCCUGGAUGGAAGCUGGAGUCCCAGGAGCCAGUCUCCACGUGGCCGACUCUAAAUACUUCUGGUUCCACCACACUGAGGGCGACACUCUCACGGUGCAGGACCCGCACCACAUGGACCUGUGCUCGGCAUUGUGGGCCGUGGUGGCCUUCGUGGUGGGGGACCUGGAGGAGAUGCUGCCCCGGUACAGGACCCUCAGAGCACAGGUACAGGACCCACAGGUACAGGACCCUCAGAGCACAGGUACAGGACCCACAGGUACAGGACCCUCAGAGCACAGGUACAGGACCCUCAGGUACAGGACCCACAGGUACAGGACCCUCAGAGCACAGGUACAGGACCCUCAGAGCACAGGUACAGACCCACAGGUACAGGACCCUCAGAGCACAGGUACAGGACCCACAGAUACAGGACCCUCAGAGCACAGGUACAGGACCCACAGGUACAGGACCCUCAGAGCACAGGUACAGGACCCACAGGUACAGGACCCUCAGAGCACAGGUACAGACCCACAGGUACAGGACCCUCAGAGCACAAGUACAGGACCCACAGGUACAGGACCCUCAGAGCACAGGUACAGGACCCACAGGUACAGGACCCACAGGUACAGGACCCACAGAGCACAGGUACAGGACCCUCAGGUACAGGACCCACAGGUACAGGACCCUCAGAGCACAGGUACAGACCCACAGGUACAGGACCCUCAGAGCACAGGUACAGGACCCACAGGUACAGGACCCACAGGUACAGGACCCUCAGAGCACAGGUACAGGACCCACAGGUACAGGACCCUCAGAGCACAGGUACAGACCCACAGGUACAGGACCCUCAGAGCGCCCUCCGUUGUAUGCAGCUAA